UUCAAAAACAACCUCACAUGAGGCUACCUACUACCUCCCUUUGGAAUAGCGCCUGUUUUGUCUUUUAACAUGUAUCAUGUGACCAACAUACAUACGCCCAAAAGACUAAACUGCCCACUCCACUCCCUAAUGGUAAUAUCUACGGAUACAUCAAACCAAGCCGAAAACACGAAAAUGGAAACCCCUGAUGCAGAAACACCGCCGCCCACCAGCAACGCCGCUAGGCUGGCAAUCAUGGAGCUAGCAAACAUGAUCAGCGUCCCUAUGUCGCUCAACGCGGUGGUUCGCCUGAACGUCGCUGACGCCAUAUGGCAAAACGGCUCAAACAAACCCCUAUCCGCCGCAGAGAUUAUCCCUCUUAUUCUACCUUCCGGCGCCGGAGAUCCCGAAAACCUGCAGCGUAUCCUCCGCAUGCUCACUAGCUAUGGUGUUUUUAACGAACACAUCAUCUCCGGUGAUAUCUUACAACGAAGAUACUCAUUGACGGAGAUAGGGAAGACGCUAGUGACAGAUGAAAACGGACUGUCGUAUGGGGCCUACGUUCUGCAACACCACCAGGAGGAGCUGAUGAAGGCGUGGGGGGUGGUGCAUGAGGCGGUGGUGGAUUCGUCGACGGAGCCUUUCGUGAAGGCGAACGGCGGUGAGACGGCGUAUGGCCUCUACGGGAAGAAACCGGAGAUGAAUGAUCUGAUGUUGAAGGCAAUGUCGGGAGUCACAGUGCCGUUUAUGAAGGUAGUUCUUGAAGGGUACGACGGCUUUAAUGGUGUUGAACGGUUGGUGGAUGUGGGUGGCAGCGCCGGCGAUUGCUUGAGGAUGAUUUUGCAGAAACAUUCGCAUAUUAAAGAAGGUGUUAACUUCGAUUUGCCUGAAGUUGUUGCAAAAGCUCCUAAAAUUGACGGAGUGAGUCAUGUUGGUGGUGAUAUGUUUGAUUCAAUUCCAAAUGGUGAUGCAAUCUUUAUGAAGUGGAUUCUAACGACAUGGACAGACGAUGAAGUGAAAGCUAUCAUGACUAACUGUUUUAAAGCAAUCCCAAUUGGAGGAAAGUUGAUUGCUUGUGAACCAGUGUUACCUGAUGAGACCAACGACAGUCAUCGCACACGAGCCUUGCUUGAAGGUGACAUCUUUGUCAUGACAAUUUAUCGUGCCAAGGGUAAACAUCGGACUGAAGAGGAGUAUUGUCAGCUUGGCAAAUCAGCUGGGUUCAAAAGUUUUCGAGCUGUUUAUAUCGAUCAUUUCUAUACGCUUCUUGAAUUUGGAAAAUGAUCUAACUUUCAUUUUACUUGAAACUGGACCCAAGUUAUACGGAUGAUAAAAUAAUUCUAGCAAUGUAAUUUGAAAAGACGAAGCAAUAUGGGUUCGUUUGAGAACCGUUGGUUUAUUGAGAACUACAUGGAAACGUAGAUCUUGUUUGUUUCA